AUGGCGGCAAUGGUGGGCGCGGUGGCGCCGUUUGACAGCAAUUCGCAGACGUGGGAAGAGUACUGUGAGGUUUUGGACCAUUUUUUUGUCGCAAAUGAUAUAAAGGAGGCGGAACGGCGAAGAGCUGUGCUACUGAGCUGCGUGGGAUCACAGACCUAUGCCCUGAUGAGGAACCUGCUAAGCCCGGAUAAGCCAGGAGAGCGCUCCUAUGAGGAUCUGGUGGAGUUGUUAAAAAAUCAUUUUCACCCGAAGACCAGCGAGAUAAUGCAGAGGUGGAAAUUUAAUACAAGGAACAGGAAACCAGAGGAAAGUGUUAGUGACUAUGUGGCGGAGCUGAGAAAGCUCGCGCAGGACUGUAAUUUCAGAGAUACGCUGACGGUGAUGUUGAGGGACCGGCUCGUUUGCGGCAUAAAUGAUGACGGCAUACAGCGGAAGCUGCUGUCGGAAGACAAGUUAACCUUUGACAAGGCAUUGAAGGUGGCGCAGGCAAUGGAGGCGGCGAACAGAGACAUGGUGGAUUUGCAGGGAGCCAGAGAACAGGCAAAAUGGAACCGAGCAUCGGGGUCGGUGCACAAGGUGAAUGAUGUCCACGCCAGGACGCCGCAGGAUGUGAGGACAUGCUACAGAUGCAAGGGAGACAACCACUUGGCAAUGAACUGCAGGUUUGCCAAAGAAAAGUGUCAUAACUGCGGGAAAGUGGGACACAUAAAAAGGGCUUGCAGAAUGAAGGACAUGGGGAAAGGGAAGACUAUGCAGACACAAGGGGUGACAGGAAAAUUUAACAAAAGGGCUAAUUUCAUGCAGGAGGAAGGGGAGGAUAGUGAUAAGGAGGAAGUUUUCACUAUGUACCACAUCAAAGAUAGCAGAGUUACCAUACACAACAUGCAGGAAGAAAUAGUCAUUCCCAGAGAAGAACCAAUAAGACAAGUGUUGACAGUAAAUGGACAGGAUGUAACCUAUGAAGUAGACACAGGCUGUGGCUAUACAAUAAUGUCAGAGAUGGCAUUUUACAGGUUAUUCCGUAGUGGUAAAAAACCAAGGUUGCUCCAGUGCAAGAUAAAACUGAAAACAUAUGGUGGUCAUGUAGUACCAGUGUUAGGAGCAGCAAAGGUCAAAGUGGAACAUGAAGGCAGUGCUAAGAUGUUAGCAGUAGUGGUCGUCAAAGGUUCAGGGACCAGUUUACUGGGGCGAGGGUGGAUGAAAGCUCUCAAGAUGGAUUGGAAAACUGUACAUAAGGUAGAAGACCGAGAAGAACUAUUACAAGAAGUACUUUUGAGACAUGACACAGUAUUUAAAGAUGAGCUAGGGACGUUGAAAGGCUUUGCAGCAAAGAUACAUGUAGCUAGUGAUGCGAAGCCCUGCUUCUACAAGCCAAGGUCUGUUCCUUUCGCGAUGAAAAAGAAAGUAGAGCAAGAACUAGAGAGGCUUUUAGAGGAGAAAAUCAUUGAACCAGUGAAAUUCUCAGACUGGCCCAUAGUACCAGUUCUAAAACCAGACUCCAGAGUCAGAAUUUGUGGGGACUAUAAGAUAACGGUGAACAAAGUGUCACCCAUUGAGCAGUACCCCAUUCCUAGAAUGGAGGAUAUGAUAGCUUGUCUUACUGGGGGGGAGAAAUACACCAAGUUAGACAUGAGCCAUGCAUAUCAACAGAUAGUAUUAGAUGAAGAUUCAAGAAGAUACGUCACAGUGAAUACACACAAGGGACUUUUCACAUACACAAGACUACCCUUUGGUGUGAGCUCCAGCCCAGCUAUAUUCCAGCGCACGAUGGAGGGUGUGCUACAAGGAAUCGAGAAUGUGGCUGUAUACCUUGAUGACAUCAUUCUGACUGGAAAGAAUGACAAAGAUCAUCUACAGACAUUGGAUCAAGUGCUGCAACGACUCCAAAAUGCUGGACUACGCUUAAAAAGGAGUAAGUGUCAGUUCAUGGAGACUGAAGUGACAUUUUUGGGACACAAAGUGGACAAGACAGGGUUGCACCCACUGCCAGCCAAGGUGAAAGCAGUGCAGGAGGCUCCCGCACCUACAUCAGUGACUGAGCUUAAAUCUUAUUUGGGACUGUUGAACUUUUAUAAUAAGUUUCUGCCUAACUUGUCUAAUGUACUAGCACCUAUGCAUAAGUUACUCCGAAAAGAUGAAAUAUGGGUAUGGGGGCAAGAACAAGAAAAAGCUUUCAAAGAGUCAAAAGAGCUCUUACAAUCAAGCAGUGUGUUAGUGCAUUAUGAUGAGAAGAAAGAACUGAUACUUUCCUGUGAUGCCUCUCCAUAUGGAGUUGGAGCGGUACUAGCUCACCGUAUGACAGAUGGUGAUGAGAAACCUAUAGGGUUUGCCUCACGCACACUCACCGCUGCUGAGAAGAACUAUUCCCAAAUUGAUAAAGAGGGAUUAGCAGUCAUUUUUGGAGUGCAGUAUUUUCAUAAGUAUCUGUAUGGUAGAAAGUUUGUGAUUUGUACAGAUCAUAAGCCAUUGAUAAGUUUAUUUAACGAGAUGAAAGCGGUCCCACAGAUGGCGUCGCAAAGAAUAAUGCGAUGGGCUGUGCUGUUGAGAGCAUAUGAGUAUGUCAUAUUUUACAGGGCAGGUAAAGACCAUGGUAAUGCUGAUGCUCUCAGUCGACUCCCUCUGCCAGAGAAACCCAAGGAGACAGAACCAGAGGAACAUGUACUGAUGCUGGACCGGGAACAGAGCCCCCUGACAACAUCAGAACAGCUACGGUACUGGACAACUAGGGAUCCUAUCCUCUCAAGAGUCCGUGAGUAUGUUCUCAGAGGAUGGCCUGAUAAUGUGGACAGUAACUAUAUGCCUUACAGACAGAGACAACAUGAGCUCAGUGUACAGGAUGGCUGUGUGUUGUGGGGAGCUCGCAUCGUGAUCCCGGAGAAAGGACAAUCUCCUCUGAUGGAGCAAUUACAUCAGUCACACCCAGGCAUGAGCCGCAUGAAAGGACUGGCCAGAGGCUACAUGUGGUGGCCCAAUAUGGACAUAGACAUUGAGAAAAAGGUAAAGACAUGCCACACAUGUCAGGAACACAGAAAGGCACCUGCCUGUGCACCUCUCCACCCCUGGGAGUGGCCGGAAAAGCCAUGGAGAAGACUACACAUAGACUAUGCAGGGCCUUUCAUGGGGAAAAUGUUCUUAGUAAUUGUGGAUGCUCAUUCAAAAUGGUUAGAUGUCUACCCAGUAACUUCAUCUACGUCAGCAACCACAAUAAACUGUCUUAGGAACAGUUUUAGCACACAUGGUAUUCCAGAGAUGAUUGUCUCAGAUAAUGCACAGUGUUUUGUCAGUGAACAAACCAGAGAGUUCAUGACACGAAAUGGAGUAACACAUGUCACAUCAGCACCGUAUCACCCAUCAUCUAACGGGUUAGCUGAACGAGCGGUACAAACUUUCAAAGAGCUCAUGAAAAAGAGUAGUGGUGAUACAGUGGAGACAAAGUUAAAUAGGGCACUGUUUAGCUAUCGUAUCACUCCGCAGUCAACAACUGGACUGUCACCCGCUGAGAUGUUAAUGGGUAGAAAAUUGAGAUGUACACUUGAUCUCAUACACCCAGAUCUUAAAAAAAAGGUGGAAGCAAAACAAACUAGUCAGAAAGCAUAUCACGACAAACAUGCUAAAGAACGCAACUUUGUGGCAGGAGAGUCCAUCUACACAAAGAACUAUGGAUAUGGACCAAAAUGGGUACCAGGGCUGAUACAUGAUACUACAGGACCAGUUUCCUACACUGUGUUGCUAGGAGAUGGAAAGCUGGUCAGACGACACGUGGAUCAACUGUUCAGCAGACAGGAGUCGGAGCUGUCAGUUCUGAGUCCAGAGCCGGUGCCAGGGGAGGAGUGUGGGCCACCCACACCACUGCCAAAAAUGCUAGGACAAGACACAGGUCCUGGGCAAGAAGGAGACAGAGUCUUGCCUACAACGGAGCAGGAGCAAGUGAGCAGUACGCCUGCUGGUACUCCAACACCAUUGUUCCGUUCUCACAGGAUCAGGAAACCACCAGCGUACAUGAAGGACUUUGUUCAGCAGUCAGUUGUUCCCACCUGUCUGAAGACUGCCACCAUCAUCCCCAUCCCCAAAGGCUCCACAGUGACAGGCCUGAAUGACUAUCGGCCAGUAGCUCUCACCCCGAUAGUCAUGAAGUGCUUCGAGAAACUGGUCAGAAUGCACAUCAAGGACAGCAUCGACAUCACUGUGGACCCCCACCAAUUUGCAUACAGGAACAACAGAUCCACAGAGGACACCAUCUCUUCUGUGGUCCACACAGCCCUCACUCACCUGGAGAGCAAAGACUCAUAUGUCCGCCUGCUCUUCCUCGACUUCACAUCUGCUUUCAACACCAUCAUACCACAGACCCUGAUCCAUAAACUCCUUUCACUUGGACUGAGCCCCCCCCUCUGCAACUGGGUCCUGGACUUCCUGACAGACAGGCCGCACAGUGGUUGGACGCAUCAGCAACAAUGA